AUGGCUGAAAGUAAAAUAAAUUCUGAUAACAUUACUAAUUUAGAUAGUAUAAUUAGUUCAGAUAAUAGAACUGAUUCUAAUAUGCUUUCAAGUAACAAUAAAAAACUGAAACCAAAAUAUGCCCGGCUUGCAAAAGAUAAUCUUAA